AUGGCCAACGUCCUCCAACAAGUCUAUCGGCUGGCUUUCCCCGUGGCCCUCGGCGGUAUAGUCGUGCAAAAUUCCCUUUACGAUGUCAAGGGCGGUACGCGAGCCGUCAUCUUCGACCGAGUGUCUGGUGUGCAAGAGAAGGUCGUCAACGAAGGCACACAUUUCUUGAUUCCCUGGUUGCAGCGCGCAAUUGUAUACGAUGUCCGGACCAAGCCUCGCAACAUUUCGACCACGACAGGAAGUAAGGACUUGCAGAUGGUUAGCUUGACGCUCCGUGUGCUGCACCGCCCGGAGGUGCCGAAGCUGCCCCAAAUCUACCAGUCUUACGGUACCGAUUACGAUGAGCGUGUCCUCCCCUCCAUCGGUAAUGAAGUCCUCAAGUCCAUCGUGGCCCAGUUCGACGCUGCCGAACUCAUCACGCAACGUGAAGCUGUCUCCAACCGCAUCCGUACCGACCUUAUGAAGCGUGCCGGACAAUUCAAUAUCGCUCUCGAGGAUGUUUCUAUCACCCACAUGACCUUCGGAAAGGAGUUCACACGAGCCGUCGAGCAAAAGCAGAUCGCCCAGCAGGACGCUGAGCGGGCCCGUUUCAUUGUCGAGCGCGCCGAGCAGGAACGCCAGGCUAACGUUAUCCGCGCCGAGGGUGAAGCCGAGAGUGCCGAUAUCAUUAGCAAGGCCGUCGCCAAGGCCGGUAGCGGUCUGAUUGAGAUUCGUCGCAUUGAGGCCAGCAAAGAGAUCGCCCAGACUCUGUCUCAGAACCCCAACGUCACUUACCUGCCCGGUGGAGAAGGAAAGGAAGGUGGCAAAAGCACCAGCCUCCUGCUGGGCCUGCGCAGUUAA